AAUUUGCAUAGGCAUUCUGGUAUCUGCUUUUUUGCUUCACCACACUAUAAAUCCUCGUGCAGUGUUAGGAUCCACGCGAGCCUCCCUUUUUUGAAGACUGUAUGUGGGGUCAGGACAUGAUACACAGGAAGCUAGUGGCAGAAAAAUGCCCUUCUCUUGAUUCAUAGUGAAAACAAAGUCUGUGAAACUAAACUGUAAAACAGUAUAAUAAUAAUAGUAAUAAUAAUGGACUUGACUUAGCUGUGCUAUUAAUAAGCUUUUUUUAAAUGUAUGCUAUUAUUACCCCUUUAAAAUUAUGCAGUUAGUGUAGUAAUGAAUCAGCUGAAUAAUGGUAAAAUAGACAGUUUAAAAAGCCAAACAAUUGUAAAAUGGUUUUAAUCCUAAAGUGGAGAGGAAAUGUUCGGAUUUUUAAACCAUUAUAAGUUAUUUAAUUGGAGAUUUUAAAAAUUAAGAUGGUCGUUUUCUAAACUAGACGUUGAUAAUAGUGUUUGAAACACCAUGUAUUUUGCAAAACCGUAGCGCUCACCCGUACAAAGAUCAAGAGCAGUUACAGUCAAAGUUUCACUUUCGGUUUCUUGCAGUUUUUUUUUUCUUUUUCGUGCUUAAUCAUAUAGAAACUGAUUCGGGAUCCUGAAAAGAAGGUUCAUUAAUUUCCAUGAAAACUCCUGUUCUACGUCGACGCCUGAGUUGCAACUAGCACGCACUUCAAGUUCUCAACAGAAUAUGUGCAUACAGCUUUUUCAAAGAAUAGUUUUAAGGAGAGCAUGAUGAAUAUGAAUGAAACCAGCAUACAAGUUCCAAUUGAUAGUGAAAUUGCACAAACUCUGAGUGAAUCUGUGGGCUUAAGCGAUGUUGUGAGGAGCAAAUUUGGAUGUGAUGCUGUUCUUAAGAAUGGCAAAGCUAUUGGAUCUCACCGUGGAGCAGGAUCUUUCAAACCUGAAAUUAGGUACUCAAAGACACUGGACAAGGGGCUGAAGAUCUCCGUCUGGAAAGACGAUUUGACCACGCACAAGGUUGACGCUGUGGUCAAUGCUGCCAAUGCUGGAUUACAGCAUUAUGGUGGCCUUGCUGAUGCAUUGUCAGUGGCAGGCGGGCCAACAAUACAAAAGAUGAGUGAUGAAAUCAUAAGAAGGAAUGGGAGUGUGCCUACUGGUGAAGCGGUUGUUACUACAGCAGGGCGCCUUCCCUGUAAGAUGAUUAUUCAUGCUGUUGGCCCACAGUGCAGUCCACAGAGCAGUAAACGUGAACUGGAUCAUGCAUCAGCUCUACUCAAAAAAGCUGUAUGUAGUGUGAUACAGGAAGCAGAGAAACAAGGUAUUCAUUCAGUUGCCAUUCCUGCUUUAAGCUCAGGUUUAUUCAGCUUCCCCCUAUCUCUCUGCGCAGAAAUCAUUGUAUUUACAUUACAACAACAUAGCAGGCAUAACUAUUCAAAGAAGAGUAGUUUAAAUGAGAUCCGCUUGGUUAAUCACGAUGAUAAAACAGUCAAUGAAAUGGAAAAGGCCUGCAGAACAUUGCUUGGCCCUUCAGAUGACAAAACACCAUCCUACAGUGGCGCUGUAACAAAUCACACAGCUACCGAAUCAGCAGAUUCAAUCCGAGUAGGAAAUGUCACUGUGCAUAUCAAACGGGGGAGUAUUGAAGAUGAGAAGGCUAAUGUGAUUGUCAAUACAGUGGCACCAGAUCUUGAUUUAAGCAAAGGGAAGGUUUCUCAAGCAAUUCUGAGAAAAGCUGGGAGGCCACUUCAGCAAGAAAUUAAAACAAUAAAUCCAUAUGCACACUAUGGUGAUGUGAUAAAAACUAACGGAUUCCGAAUGGGCUGUGAUUUUGUGUAUCACACUGUGUGCCCAUCCUGGUUAGAACACACGUCAUCAGAGAUACUUUCUCAUAUUGUGAUGAAGUCUUUAUGUAUGGCUGAAACAGACAUCGUGAAAUCCAUCGCAUUCCCUGCCAUUGGCACUGGGAAUCUGGAUUUUCCUAAAGAUGAAGUGGCAAAAAUCAUGAUGGGACAGGUUUUAACUUUUGCUGAACAAGUGUAUAAGGGCAGUAAACUUGAUGUCUACUUUGUUCUGUAUCCACCGGAUCAGGACACUGUCAAGGCCUUUGAGAAGGAAUUAAAAGCCAUUAAAGGAAGAAGAAAAAGUGCUGUUAGCCGAGAUUUUGACAGCUUGACCAAUGAACGCAACAGAUGGAAGGAUGACAUGUCCAGUUCCCUGGUUACUAAUAAGCAAGGACCAUGUGUUGAAAUUUGUGGGGAAAAUAAGGAAGCACUAAUGGAAGCAGAGAAAUGGAUUAGACGCACCCUGCUUCGUUCUCCGGAACGUCUCACCAUUCAGAACAACCACAUAUAUUACUUUGGCCAGAAGGAGCACGAUGAGCUGUCUAGUUUUCAGUAUAUUUACGAUGUGUCCAUAAAAGAAAUGGUAAAGGAUGGAAAAGCGAUUUUAGAGAUUACAGGCACUCCCCAGAGAGUUAUAAAAACAAUGCUGGCAGUUGAGAAAUUGUGCGGUGAAGUGCAGGAAGAGUAUGCUAUGGCAGAAGAGAAUGACAUGUUGCAAUCAUUGGUCCAGUGGCGAUGUGCUGAUAUCCCUGCACUGACAGAAACAGAGAUCACUGGCAGUAUAGAGAGAGCAUACUUGUCAAGGAAGGCAUCACCAGUCAUUGUCAUUAACGGAAAGCUGCUCACUUUUAAUUUCCAACACAAAAGUGAGACAGCUGUGACAGACUGUGGAAAACUUUUUGAAAGGAAAUGUCUGUUGGAUACAGGUUAUGCCAAGAUGUGCACUGUCCUAAAUGGGUCGUUUUAUCAAAGGACUGUUGAAGAUUCUUCCAAAAAUCAGCAUAAGGAGAGAGUCCAAUUGUAUAAAAGAAGUGGUCUUGAAGUUGUUAAGAUUGAAAGCAUAAACAACCCACUUCUGAGGAUUCAUUUUGAAUUGAAAAAGAAUGCUCUUGGAGGAAAGGCACAGACUCUGUACCACCGGGUCCCAGCACAGUUCAGCAUUCCAGUAUGCAGGGCAGGAUUUCAGAGGGUAUAUUCCCAGCCAGAAAAACAGAGUCUGGGAGCUGGCUUAUAUUUCAAUGAAAAGCUUGACACGUUGAUGAGAGACCAGAGUAAUGAUUUUGAGAGGGAUGCAAUGAUUUACAUCUUUGAAGCUCAGGUUGUGACUGGGAAAACCACAAAUGGCUCACCGGACUUGAUUGUACCCCCUGGUCUGAGUGCAGAUAGUCUGACACGGUAUGAUAGUGUUUCCGGUGGAACAUCCACACAUGUCAUUUUUAACAGUUGGCAAGCUUAUCCUGAAUAUUUAAUUACAUGCAGACAGUCAUAUGCCUCUCCAUGAUGAAGAAAUGUUAAAUGCCACGCCUGAUUUGAGAUUAUAACAUAAUUGUCCCUUAACAUGUAACUUUUACAGCCUUAUUCAAACGUUAUCAUUCACAUGUGUGCUGAAAGAAAGUCUUGGUAGAUUUAUGAUCAGAUAAUCACUGUUAUUGAUAUAAAAAAUACUUUAAUAAAAUAUUGUUUAAUCUUUUUGUUUGAGAUAUGUAUUGUAUAUGAUUAUUUUCUUGUAUAUCUUAAAGUUCUUGUUUUCUUUUUCCUUAUAAUUGUGUUAAUUCACAGUUCUCUGAAAUAUAGAAGUUAUUUCCUGUUAAAAGGUGGAAGUGAUGUAUUUGCUUGACUAACUAUGAUUCAAGAUAAUUGAUUGAAGCAUUUUUAUAAGCAGUUGACAAUAAUAGCUUUGUAAGCCUUUCAUACUAUUUAGUGGUGGAAUGUUAUUUUGAAUAUACUUUUAACAAAUGGGGAAAAUUAUAAUUGUAAAAUGAUACAAUCUUCAAACCAAAAAAAAAAAUUCUAAAUAAAGUUAAAUUACAAUGCA